UUUGAUUUUCAUUUUAUUUCACAUCCCUGUUCCAAGAAGACUAUUUAUUUAGAGAAAAUGCUGAAAAUGAACGAGAUCAUUCCAUAGAUUUAAUGAUGAAAAUAUAUGUAAACUAUUUAAGGGAGUAAUGAACUCAGAACAAAAGGCAGGCGACUCUCGUCAGCAGUCAAGAACAAGAGAUCAAGGCAAUACCGUUCAUCCUCAUGGCAAAAAACCAAAUAAAAGUAAACCCAAGCCUUUGUACUUCUGGGACUGUGCUGAUGUGAACAAGUGGAUGAAAAAAUGGUGUGGUGCCCUCCAUGAAAAAUAUGGAGAACUCUUUCUGCAGCAGGAAGUCACUGGAAGAACACUGAUAAGGAUGAAUGAAAUUAAGCUCGAGAAAAUUGGGAUAGUAAAUCCAGAUCACAGAAGAGAAUUAAUGCAGCAAAUAAUAAGACAAAGAUUGAAACAUGAAAUGACAGAUUUAAAGAAUAUGGACCAAGAAGGAACAGGAUUUGCACAAAGCAGAUACCAGUCCAUCAAGGAAAAAGACAAGGACAAACAUGUGGAAAACAAUCACAGCUAGCUUCCUUAAACUUUAGGAAAAUUAAAACUAGUCAUAUUGAAGGCCAUAAAGUCAUGUACAUUCAGUGUGAAUCUUAAAAUUAUACGUACAAUUUAGCAUUUUGAAAAUGUUUCAGCAUAAUUCACAAAUAUGUUUGCAAGUCUGGUACUUGAUUGAUUUAUGAACUAUUUUCAUGAUGGUUUGAAAAGUCAUGACUGUUGUCAUUUAUUUUGUUAAUUUAUCCACAUUAUUUCUAACAAAAACAAUCAUAAAGCAGAUUUUGAUGACAGUUUCUGUAUAUUUUUAGCUGUUCCACACUUCCUGGCUUAAUUAGUAUAUGAGCACAACCAUGAUGUCCCUCAGUGGAAUUUUUUAAUGAAAAUACCCAUAACAUUUUUAUGUUGCAAAGGAGAGCUGUGAAAACAUAAAACGUGAUAUCCAUUUGAAGUCUCUACCAUAUGACUUAAUUGAAAUAGGAUGGAAGUGCAUUCAUAUCAUAGCUUUCGCUUAGAACUGGCUAGUACUUAAUAAUUAGUGACAUUAAAUUAGCUUCCUUAUCAAGUUUUGGAAACUUAAAAAAUAAGUAUCGUGGCAAUACCUCUACAGCAUUGUUUGAAUUUGUGUCAGAUACAUUUAAGGAAAAAGUGGAAAAGUUUAGGACAGUUGAUAAGGUCCUCAUUACAAUGACAACAGUUCUAGUCUGUAAAACCAAAGAUGUACAAUCAGAAGCUCUAGUCUUACAAAAUGGCAAUUCUUCUCUGUUUGUCACUUAUUACAUCAAGCUACAAUAGAUUCCACUCUUUAAGAUUAACAAACAUAUUUUUCCCAAAGUAACCAUUACAUUUAACAAAGAUAUUUUUCCUAAAGUAACUAUUAUAUUUAAUAAAGAUAAUUUCCCCAAAGUAAUCAUUACAAUUAACAUGUACAUUUUGCCUAAAAUUACCAAAAAGUUUUUCAUUUCAUAUGAAAUAUGGUUGUAAUUUUCUUCUUUUAGUGAUAGAAUGUUGUGAGUUUACCAUAAUUUCAUGGAUUUUGAAAAUUUUUAUGUUUAUAGUGCAAUUCAUGAAGGCAUUUUUCAUUUAUGAAUUUCUAGGUAUCUACAUAGUUAAUGUUAUAGGAUUCUUUGAAUAAGAAGAUUUCUUUCCUUUUAGAUUCCUUACCCAAGUCCUAUAUUUUUAGCUCACCUGAGCAGGUUAGUUUUUCUAACAAAAUUUGUUCAUUGUCUGUUGGCAUUGUGAAUGUUUCACAUUUUCAUCUUCUUCUCCUGAACCAAUGGGCCAAUUUUAACCAAAAUUGGCACAAAGUAUCCUUUGGUGUAGAGGAUUCCAGUUUUUCAAAUGAAAGCCCAUGCCCCAUUCCAAGGGGAGAUAAUAAUGAAAAAGCAAAUAUAGAGUGGGGUUAUAUAAAAAUCUUCUCAAGAACCACCAGGCCAAAUGAAAUGAUUCUUAUGUGAAACUUCCUGACCUAGUGUUUAUUAAAGUUUGUUCAAAUCAUGGCCCAAGGGAAAGGGUGGAACCAUAAUGGGUGAUCAAAGUUUGACAUAUGGAAUAUAUAGGAAACAAUCCUCAAAAACUUUUUUUUCUUAUGAGCAGCAGGGCUUGACUCUCUUAUUAAUGUACAAGCAGCAAGCAUUGUCAGGUAAUGCAGAUUCAAGUUUUUUUUUUAGAUCAUGGCUCCUGGGGUAAGAUGGGACCACAGUAGGAGAUCGAAGUUUACAUAAAAAUAUAUAGAAAAACAUCUUCACAAGAAUGGAGGGGCCAUGAUGAAUUAAUUAUAUUGAUAUGCAAACAUCCUGAGGUGCAGUUGAAGUUUGCUUAAAUCAUGCCCCUUCCUCUCCCCUCCCCAACUGGGUAGAUUGAGGCCACAGUAUAGGGUAUCAAAGUUUUACAUGGGAAUAUAUAGAAAAAAGAAAUCUUUAAAAAGCUUCUUGUAAAAACAUUAGGGCCAUAUUUUUUUAUUAUAUGCAAGCAUUCUCAGGUAGUGUAUAUUGAAGUUUGUUUAAAUUAUGACCCCUGGGGACAAAGGAUGGGGCCAUAAUAGAAGAUCAAAGUUUAAAAGUUUACAUGAUAUAUACCUGUAUAUAAAAUGUUCUGAAGAACAACAGGGCAAAGGUCACUCAUGUGAGUGUUGUGGCCCAUGGGCCUCUUGUUUUUGAAAUAGUACCAAGGCUGUUGCCUACAAACAAAAGAAAUAAUCAUAUUUUAUCUUCACUCUUGGUUAAAAAUCCCUCACAUCCAGACCCAUUUACUGAGUUCUGUAGAAUGAAAAUAUUGUGCCCUUGAAUAUAAGACAUAAUGCAUAUAUAAUUUUUUUUUAAAUUAUCAAGGCAAGUUUAACAGACUUGGAUCAGUUUCAGUUUAUCAUGAUGAAAAACAGUGUAUUGGGGUUUAGUGUAUAUGCACUAAGGAAUAAUUUGAUAUACUGUUGAAUCUUCAUUGAUUUGAGAGGGAUCAAUGUUUGCUAGUUUUGCAAGUCCCUUACCAAGGAUUUAUGAUAGCUUUGACAAUUAAUGUAUCUGUUAAUUGAAUAUUCUGUAUACAGAGUACUUACAAAAUUACAUCCCUACAGACCAGUAAAAUUUUACCCACAAACCUUAACCCUUUAAACAUUCCUCAAAGAAAAAAGUUGUAAAUAUGGUACGUUAAAAGGUGUAUGUAAUCAUUUUUAUAGGCAAAAUGUCUAAAGACAUGUACAUUAAAAAUUGAAUUUGUAAGAUGUACUUCAUUUCUACAUAUGUUUACCUGUAUUCUCUUUAUUAUAAAUGCAUAAUCAGUCUAUA